CAGGCUUCCAUAAUAAAUACUAACAUAUCUUCCUCACUCAAACUUCUUUUAGAUGGCGUAAGUCCUAUUACUAAUGAAAGAAAAAACAACUUUUAUGUUCUUGCAGAUUCUCUUUCCCAUUUCUCUUUUCAUGUUUAGCUCAUCAUAACAUAUAUAAAUUGUGUCGAUCCUUUUUUUUUGUGUGAGAAGAGAAAUGCUUGAUUCUGAUAAAAUCUUUAGCAUCAAUUUUCAGUACCAACUAAGAGAAUUUGAUCAUCCGCCUAUUUUCUGUCCUUAAGGUGGAGACUACACUAAAAAUUUUCACACGAAUCACUACAAUUUGUGAUUGAGCCUUCUAUUUUAUCUUCUAUAGGCAUUAGGCCAAAUAAAUAGAUUUCAAGAAUAAACAAAUAAAUUAUAAGAAGAAGCACAUUAUUACUCGCUAGUUUUAAAGUUCAAUGGAUCCUGUAUGUGAAUUAUGUGGGGUGGCGAGGGCAGUGGUGUAUUGUAAACCAGAUUCAGCUAGGCUUUGUUUGUCAUGUGAUGGAUACGUUCACUCUGCAAAUCCUCUAUCACGAAGGCAUUCGCGUUCUCCCAUUUGUGACAAAUGCAAUUCACAGCCAGCACUAGUGAGAUGCAUGGAUGAGGCAGUGUGCUUGUGUGAAGGCUGUGAUUGGGAUGGACAUGGCUGCAUAGGGACAGGACAUCGACUGCAGAAGUUGAAUCCUUACACUGGAUGUCCAUCUCCUGAUGAGUUUACAAGGAUGUUUUCACUAGUUCUUGAAACGUCUAUUGGUAAUGACACCAGUUUUGGCAGCUUUGGUACUCGUCCUCGUAGUUCAUUAUGUAUCAAUGAGAAUAAUAGCAGUUUGGAGAGUAAAGGGAAUGAUGAUUCAUUGGUUGCUAGUAAACUCAAUGAGUUUGCUUCUAACUAUAAGUUUGAAUCAUGGGUCAUUCCUCCUGAUCCCAAUUACAUGACUUCCUAUAACAAAGAUCCGGCACCCUUCUCUGAGGGAUCUGGUCUUCCUAAGCAAGAUUGUCCAAUCAAGGAUCUCGGAUUAGAGGAAGGUGAUGAUCUCUCAGAAGGUGUUGAUUUUGAUGAUGUGACAUUGAAUUUUGACUGUGGUUACGAGAUUUUGGGUAGUUCACAGCAGAGUCAUCCAAGAUACUCUAAUGAAGACAAGGAAUUGGAUUGCCUAGUCAUGGAGAAAAAUUCUUCCGUCACAGGAUCUAAUAACGUGGAAACUUCUCACGAGGCAACCUCUUCUGUGCAGCAAGAGUACAUGGGCUUGCAGUCUUCGCAAAUGGCUGCAGCUGCGAGUUCAACGAAUCUGUUGCAGACAAUGAAUGCUACUGCUAAUUGCGUUCUUAUGAAUCCUACAUGCAAUGGAAGCAUUGGCGCCUUACCCUAUCUACCUGCACCAAUUCAUCCAAGCAUGUCACUAUCACUCUCCAACAUCACUGGUGAAAGUAGUGUAACAACUGAGUAUCAAGAUUGUGGGUUGUCACCAGGGUUCCUUAAUGAAGCACCAUGGGAUUUGAGUUUAGAAAAUUGUCCACAGAGAAGGCAUGAAGCCAAAAUGAGAUAUAACGAGAAAAAGAAAACUAGAACGCCUUUAAUGAACACUCUGAACAAGAAGAGGUUGCCAUGAUUUCCAAUGACCUAGCUGGUAGUUUCUAAUAGACUGUUGCUUUCUCAUAGGAUCCGGCAGUCAGAGGAUACAAUUGCAAAAGGACUCUGCCUUUCCUUUGCAUUCUGAUCUCAGAAAACCUCCUACAUAGUCACCUUAUAAUCCGUUGGUGUAUGCAAAUCAUAUCCAUUGCCGAGGUGCCUUCAGUGUCUUCCAUAUCUGUGACAUCUAAUAAGCUUCAAAAUUAUUAGCACUUA